UCGGGCGGGAUGAUUCAAAACAAGAUGGACUUAAUAUCUGCGCUGCAGUUUAUGAGAUUAAAUGAAAUUCCACAAGCCUGGGUGGACGCUGUGUGGGACUUAGAGUUCACAGAGGGGAAACCACUGGAUGACACCAUAGAAGAAGAACUCACAGUCAGUGGUGACAAGGCCUUCAAAAGCCUGUACCAGUGUUUACUGGCCCAUGCUGCUGACCAGCAGGAGUCUGCAGGCAGAGAUGGAGUUUCACAGAGUAUCUGGGCAGUUCUGGGAGAGAAUGAGGUGUCGAUCAAGUCUCUGGUGGCCGUGCUGUCCUUCUUUGUCCUGACUGCAAAAGGCAAAUCAGCCAACGUCCAGCAGAGGGUGAGCGGCCUGCACGCCGCCUCAGUCUACCUGCUGCUGCUGGGAAUCCCAGGGAGCAUUGCCAACAAGGUUUUCCAUGAGGUUCUGAUGGACACCUGUUCAGACUUGACCUCUCACUGCUGGCCUCAGGACUCCGGGAAGAAGCGCAAGAAAGAUGGCAUAAAGAGUUCUCAGGCAGAGGGCAAACGCUCCAAACCGCAGCGGAAAGACACUGCAGAGAUGGAGGUGGACGAAGCACAGGAAGAGGAGGAGGAAGAGGAGCUCCAUUUCUCAGGCUCAGACUUGAUGAAGAUCAGAGACGCCGUGGUUCUCCUGGUUCAAAGCCUCCUCAGACUGCUGCAGACAUUUCCACUCAAAGACAGACUGCAGAGCGCCGGCAACUGCACCAAGAUCUUCAGCAAGUUGCUUUACUUGGAGCCGGUCAUUGGAGAGAUGACUUUUGCUGCUCCACAAGAUGUCACAAAGCUGAGAAGCAUCCCUGAGAUGGCUUUCUGCGGCCUGAAGCUGCUGUGCUCGCCGAAACACGGAGACCAGAAAGAGUCCCUGCGGAGGGUUUUCCACCAGCUUCUCUACGUGAUCCUGAUGAUGAAUAAAGGCAGCAGAGGGAAGCCCUCGCUCCUCGUCCUCAGCCAGAGCAUCCUCUCCACCCGCGACCAGGCCAUCCACUUUGUUUGUCAUCUUGUGGACGAGCUCAAAGAGCUGGCUCUGCCGUUCCUGCAGAUCCUCCUGCAGCAUAUCUGCUUCCAGAUGGUGGAGAAGAGUGAGUUUCGUAGCCAGGGCGCGCAGGCUGUGGGUAUGCUGACGUCUCAGAUGGAGAGUCAAGACUACGCCCGCUUCAUCAAGUGGCUGUUUAACUUCUCCAGACACUCAAAGAUGGUGUGUCGGCUGUUUUCCGUGGAUGUGGUGAUGGUUUUGCUGGAGCAGCUGGAGAGGAAACCAGAGGAGUGUGAGGACCCAGAGCUCUGCUCCUUCCUGCCACACAAGUUCCUGAUCCAGAGCCUCCUGUUCGCUAGGCGGAUGGACGACUCGCCCACUGUCCAGAGCCACGCCCUCGCCUGCCUGGCUCAGUGUCUGGAGCUGCCUUCACUCAAUGUCACCCGGGCCGUCCACAACCUCUUCUCUGCCACUGGAACCCACACUGUGUUGGAAGGAGAAAAAUAACAGAGCCUGAGUUCCCAGCAGACUCAGAAAACCUACCGCACUCUGCCGUUCAGAACUGUGGAGAUCAGCAGCACCGAGGGCUCCGACUGUGACGCAAAAGCGAACCUGGCUCUUCUCCUGCGGCGUGUAAAAGACUCCAAGACUAGCGUGAGAAAGUCAGCACUGCAGGCCCUGGUGGGUCUCCUGAAACACAACGUGAUCCCCAUGAGCUGGGAGAACCUGGUGACGCUGUCAGAGCGCUGCAGAGACCCGGCUGUAUCUGUGAAGAAGAAGGCCCUGCAGUGUGUAGGAGAGCUGCUCAGUGCUAAACCAGAGAGCAGUGUGGUGCAGAAGGCGUGGCUGCAGGGUGUGGUGCCAGCUGUGGUGGACUCUGAGAACUCAGUGCAGGACAAGGCCCUGGAGGCUCUGGAACAGGUGCUGCUCAGCCAGGUGAAACCGUACUCUGCCAGCCGCCACCUGGAUGCCAGUCAGAGGCUGACCUGGGACCUGCUGGGCCUGCUUUGCCACGAGUGCCGGAACCUCAGCCGAUAUUUCAGCAGGGCCUUUGCCAUCUGGUCCAAACAGAACAAGUUCACCCAGAUGUUUAUCACCAACCUGAUCUCACACACUGAGGCUGAUCAUGCCGCCGGGGCCUGGCUGCUGCUCUCCAAGGUUGUUGCUUCAUCCCCCAGACUGCCCUGUGGCAAGAUCCUGGACGCCUGGGACAGCAUGAUCAAUUCAAAGGAUGUAUCUGUGACAACCUGCUGUCACAUCCUGGGUGUGAUGGGAGACAUCGCCGCACACUUGAAUGAAGAUACCAAGGACAGGAUAGUUGGUGAUCUGAUGUCUUGGUUGAAGACUUUUACACUGUCUCCGGAGGUGAUCUGUGCUGCUGUGGAGACUCUUUACCAACUUGGCCGCAGUGAAGAUGUCAAACAGACUCAGGCUUUUCUUAACCAGCACUGUGGUGAGCUGGUGUCGGUCUGCGAGGCUUAUUUAGCCGGCAUCAUCCUGAGUGAAAAGGGAACCCAGAACCUCAAUGAGGACUUGAUGGUGAAACACCUCCACACUCUGGGUGUGGCGUCACUCCACUGUCCUGCCAAGGUUGGCAAGAGGACGGUGCUGCUGGUGGAGUCUGUACUUUCAACACAUUCUGACAAACUGGCAGAGUGCGGGGAGGAGCUGCCUGCGUCGCUUCCUCUGUCCCAGUUCAGAGCAAACUCUCUGCCAACCAGAGUCAGAGCCCACGGAGUUAUCGCUUUGGGUAAACUGUGUCUGCAGCAUGAAGAACUCGUCCAGAAGUACCUGCCAGUGUUUGCCAGGGAGCUGGAGGUUGGCAAGGAGGUUGCCGUGCGCAACAAUGUGGUUGUGAUCAUGUGUGAUCUGUGUGUUCGAUACACCAACAUCGUGGAUCACUACAUCCCCAACAUCUCAGCUUGUCUGCGAGACGACGAGGCUGUCAUCAGGGAGCAGACUCUCAUCAUGUUGACCAACCUGCUACAGGAGGAAUUUGUAAAAUGGAAGGGCUCUCUCUUCUUCCGCUUCAUGGUGGCGCUGGUCGACCAGGUCCCCGCCAUUGCCAGUCUGUGUGAGUACUGCCUGCUCCACCUGCUGCUGAAGAAGAACCCCGAAAUGUUCAGCCAGCACUUCAUUGAGUGCAUCUUCCACUUCAACUCUUACAGCAAACACAAGUCCUACAACAAGUUCCCUCAGAGUGAGAGAGAAAAGGUCCGGUUUUCCCUGAAAGGAGCUCAGCACCGUGAGAAGCGUUUUCGGAUCUACCGCUUCCUGUUGGAGCACUUCACAGAUGCCCAGCGCUUCAACAUCACCAUGAAGAUAAACCAGACUGUCUUAGCAUGCUUUGCAGAUGAGGAGCUGCCUCUGGAUGCAGAUGGCGCGGAAAUUUUGUCAGAGACCUUCAACAUUCUGAGUCUGAAGGAGAUGAAGCUGCAGGCCAUAUCUGCUCCAGCAGGAGGCGCUGCAGGGGAGGAGCAAGAGGAGGAGAACAUGGCUACCAUGGCAAAGGCCGUCCUGCAGGCUGCACAGAAGAAAGUGGUGUCACAAGUCCAGAAGAAGGCCUUCAUAGAGAACUCGGUCCCUCUUAUCAUCAGCCUGAAGAGCCUGCUGGAGCAGAAACGCUCCCCUGUCCUCAGAGACCUCAUGGCUUAUCUUCAGGUGACGAUGCAGGACUACCGCAAUGAGGUGAAGGAGUUUUUCUCCGGAGACGAGCAGCUGGCAGCAGAGGUGGACUUUGCUCUGAAGAUGGCUGAGAAGGAGAGAGAGAUGGAGCAACAGAUGGACAACUGCAACCUGACAGGAGACGCCAGGGCUCCCACAGCACAGCAUUCAGUCCAGGGCUCUCCCGUCAGGUCCAGGCCCCUCCUUCCGUUUAUCUUUACCACACCGCAGCCGCCACGGCCCACCCAGCUGUCAGCCAGACUGGCAUACACUGACAGGCGUGUGAACAGAUCCAGGCAGGACGAACAUGUCAAGUCUAAAUCGAUCGCGCUGGAAGGAACAGUGAUACCUAAAGGAGCUGUGAAUGACAGAGCCAUCAGCACACCUAAAGGUGACAACAUCAAUUUCACUUUCGAUGAAGGACUCAGCGCAAUCUUCAGUGACCGAGGAACAAGUCUUGGCGGGGAGGGCAGUGUUCUUCAUGUGCGGUCAAAUGAGCAGCAAACUCCUGGACUGAGGCAGUGGAACGUGCAGUCUCCUCUCCGCCAGAAGAAAAAAUCAUCCAAAGUUUAGUUGUCACACAAUGUCAUGUCUCUUUUUUCUGGUUUUGUCUUCACUUUAACUGUACUCUUAUUACUUCUUCCAUCUUCAUUUCUCUCAAUUUUAUUGUUGAUAUGUUGUAUCACUGUUUGUCUUUAUUUCUUUCUUUUUUUUUUUUGGUAAUAAAGGUAACCAUAACUUCAAUAUUUCUUCAGAAAAUGGGUGACCAUAUACUAUGGUGUCAAAACAUGACUUAUACGGGGUGCCAAGUAACUCACUUGGUAGAGUGGGCGCCCCAUGUACCGAGGCUGUUUGCUUUGCUGCAUGUCUUCUCUCUC